GUAUUAUCUGGUUUUCGUGUUUUCGGUCGUAUGUUUUUGUGUAUUUCUAGUCUACGAGAUUUAUGUUUUUAUCCUCGAAUCUCGUCGUUUUGCGUGUUAUGAUUUGUGCGUUUCUUGGAUUAUAUAUUAUGUCAACUAAACAGUUUUUCAUUUGGAAAAUACUCGAACUCGGUAUCUAGCUGGGAACAAUUCAAGUCAAGUACAAAUGACACGUCCAUGUGACCAUGUGCCCUUAUCGGGUGAGAAGAAAAUAUAGAUCUUUGUGCUUGUAAAGCACGACGAAAGGAAGAUUUUGAGUAAAUCGUUGCCGAAGCUUUCAGAAAAAUACUGUUUUCAAUGUCUUCCACAUGGACGUGUAUGCUGGCCCUUGGCUUUUUAUUGUUAUGCUUUCAUUCAGUUAAAGGUUUGGAGUGUUAUUGUGACAUAUGUCCCGAUACAAAUUUCACAUGCGUUACCGAUGGAUAUUGCUUUUCAAGUGUAUCGCUGAACAAAGACACUGGCGUUACAGUUCAUUCAUCAAGUUGUUUGAACAAGAACCAGUUUCUUCCACCAGAAAAACCUAAUAAUUGUUUUCGGAGAAAAUUUCGGGAUGAAUAUUCAAUGUUGUGUUGCCAGGAUCGAAACUAUUGCAAUCGUCAGUUGUACCCAAAAUUAGUUGAAGCUAAAUCUACAGAUGGUGAAAAUAAUCGCAGGAGUAAAGAUCGAUUAGGUACAUGGCAAUUAGCUAUUAUAAUAGCUGGACCCAUAGGAGUUGUAUGUUUAGUGGUUAUGCUGAUAAUGAACUUCUUGGCUGGUUCAAAUAAGCGCCAUAACAUAAGAUAUUUACCAACUCCUCGAAACAUAGCUUCUGACCAACAACCUAUUUUAACUGCAGCCGUAUCUCUAAGAGAUAUGAUUGAAAUGACUACUAGUGGGUCAGGAUCAGGUUUGCCUCUUUUGGUCCAGAGGAGUAUUGCUCGUCAAAUUCAGCUUGGUGUGCCCAUUGGAAAAGGGCGAUUUGGUGAAGUUUGGCAAGGAAAGUGGCGUGGUGAGCAAGUGGCUGUUAAAAUAUUUUCUUCCAGAGAAGAACGUUCUUGGUUUAGAGAGGCGGAAAUUUAUCAAACUGUUAUGUUGAGACAUGAUAACAUCUUGGGAUUUAUUGCGGCAGAUAAUAAAGAUAAUGGGACAUGGACUCAGUUAUGGCUAAUAACCGACUAUCAUGAAAAUGGAUCAUUGUUUGAUUUCUUAAACCGAACUACUGUAGACACAAAUGGAAUGAUCCGUAUGGCCUUAUCAAUUUCAACUGGUCUGGCCCAUUUACAUAUGGAAAUUGUUGGCACCCAAGGUAAACCAGCAAUUGCGCAUCGUGAUCUCAAGUCAAAGAAUAUAUUAGUUAAAUCUAAUGGAACUUGUGCUAUUGGGGACUUAGGACUUGCUGUACGUUAUGACACUUCUAUGGACACUGUAGAUAUACCGUUAAACCAUAGAGUAGGCACUAAACGAUAUAUGGCACCAGAGGUAUUGGAAGAGACAAUUAACAUGAAUCAUUUUGAUUCCUUUAAACGAGGUGAUGUUUAUGCACUGGGCUUGAUAUUAUGGGAAAUUACUAGAAGAUGUAAUGUGGGAAAUAUACACGAAGACUAUCAAUUACCCUACUAUGAUAGUGUUCCAUCAGAUCCAACAAUUGAUGAAAUGCGCAAAGUUGUUUGCUCCGAGAUGAAACGACCUCUUAUACCUCAACGGUGGAAUGCGUACCCGUGUUUACAAACUAUGAGCAAAUUAAUGCAAGAAUGUUGGUAUCAUACAGCAUCUGCUCGACUUACGGCCCUACGCAUUAAGAAAACCUUAGCAACUUUGGGUGCCAUGCAAAAUCAUAAUAUUAAUAUUAAUAUUUAAAAGUUUUACAAAAACCAGUCCUAUGAAGAAUUUUUAAAAAGCCUUAGCUGCCAAUAGACUACAAACAUAAGGUGUAUAAUUUCUAAAUAUUUUUGUAAUUAAUAUUGUGGUUGUAAAAACUAAAACAGUUUUUCAAAUAAACUUGUUACAACUAGGUUUUUCUGGAAUUUCAUAACUAAUGCGUGUGCCAUUUUUUUAAUGAAUACUUGUAUGGAAAAUCCGCUCCAUUAUAUUUUAUUUUGUAAUUAUAAUGUACUUACUUAAUAUCUUGUUAUCGACGUGCAUGAUAUAGUUUUCGUUGAAAACGAAAACUAUUAUUGUACCUUUUUAUAAAUAAAUAUACAUAAAUGUUUUAUAAUCUCAUGACAAAUUAUUAAUAAGUUACUGAUACUGUUACACAUGCCUAUUAUGUACAUUUAAAAAAAAAUGAAAAUUCAAUAUUUUAUAUAAAAAAUAAACAACAAUUUAUUUUAGAGUG